GAUGCAAAAUGUUAUCGAACCGAAACACUAGUGUCAGCUAGCAAUAUUUUAGUUUCCCAAUGAGUAAUGAAGUAACAACAGCGGCGAAAUGUUGGAGUUUGAUUCCGAGCUGUUCUUCCGAGUGGCUCUUUUCGCAUUUCUUAUUCCAAUAGGUUCCGGGGCUUGUAUCAAUUUGGAUCUUGGUUUGGGAAAUGGCAGAAUUUCAGAUGGUAGCAUAACUACUUCUUCUGUUCAAAGUGCCAACACACCAGCUAAGAAUGGUCGACUGAACUACACAUCAGGAUCAUCAUGGUGUGCAAGAACCAGUGACACUAACCCAUAUCUACAGAUUGAUCUACAGACACUUCAUAUCAUCUGUGCUGUGUCUACACAAGGGAAUUCUCAAGCAGAGCAGUGGGUGAAGACUUACAAACUACAAUUAUCCACAGAUGGGACAAGCUGGACAGACUACAAGGAAGGUGGACAAGUUAAGUUCUUUUUGGGAAAUGAUGACCGAAACUCAAUCCUGAAGCAUGUUGUUUAUGGAGUGUUAACAAGAUAUCUGCGAUUCUUGCCACAAACACACCAGGGCAGGGUGUGUAUGAGAACAGAGGUGUUUGGGGUGAAACAAAAGCCAGCAUGCUAUAGUCAGGCCAUUGGAGUGACCAGCAAGGAAUCAAUUCCAGACAAAAGCUUCUCAGCCUCAACAUACUAUGACCAUAGGUAUAUACCUUCCAAUGGUAGACUGAAUGGAAGUAUUAUGGGUUGGGCGCCUGAGACAACAAACAAUAAUGCUGAUUACCUAGAAAUCGACCUGCUAUUUGACUAUGUUAUAUGUGCUGUGGCUACUCAAGGAGCUAAAAAUAAUGAUGAGUGGACAACAAAGUACAAAAUUCGUCUAUCAUUGGUUGAUGCCAAUUUUGACAUUUAUCAAGAAAACAACACUGAGAAGAUCUUUGAUGGUAACUCUGGAAGAAAUGACAUAGUAAAACAUGGUCUGGGGGAGUAUACUUUGGCAAGGUUCAUUCAUUUUGUGCCAACAGCGUAUCAUAAGUAUAAGGCAUUGAGAGUGGAAGUUUAUGGAGUCAUCCUAUCUACAGUUCCAUCACAAGCACCCAGUAACUUCACAGUGACUGCGAUCUCAUCCACCAGAAUAAGAGCAUCAUGGACAUCACUGCCAGAGUAUGCCAGACAUGGAACAAUAACAGGAUAUAACUUGUUAUACAGAGAGAAAGGCUCAGUUGACAAGUCACAUAUGUUGUUUAUUAGUGAAGAAGCAACAUUAACUCGAGAUGUCAUUAAUCUUGAUAAAUAUACCAAAUAUGAGUUCCAAGUGUUGGCUGUUGGUUCUCAUGGUGAGGGACCAAAAAGUUCUGUAAAGGUUGAGCAGACACUGGAAGAUGCACCAAGCACUCCUUCAAACCUUGUACUCUCUGAGAUAAUGCCUGAUAAAUCAGCUGGUCCAAAGAUAAAGCUUACUUGGCAUAAGCCAGCAGAAGAAAAUGGAAUUAUCAGGAGUUACACUGUGUUCUACAAUCACGAUGAAGAUCCUCAUAGUAUUCACACUGAAACCUUAGGAGGAAAUUUGUUAAGUUAUAUAAUGGAUGUGUUUGGUGGGGUCAACUAUCACUUCCAUAUUAGAGCUGUAACUAUCAAACCAGGACCAAAUGCCACUGCGUCUGUUCGGACUAAGGAUUAUGAACCCAGUGUAGCACCAAGUGAUGUAUUUUUCAGUACAUUGAACCAAACAACCUUCAAUAUUUCAUGGUCACCCCUAUCAAGAAAAGAGAGUUAUAGCAAAGUUAUGUCAUAUGAGAUCAAGGCAUCACUAAAGUCUUCUGGAAGUCGCAAAAAAAGGUCUCCAGACAACAGCAAAACUGUUAACACAACAAGAGCAUUUGUUAUCCUGUAUGAUAUUCAGCCUUGUUACAGUGUAACAGUUCGAGCAUAUACUCUAGCUGGUCCUGGACCAUCUAGUCAACCCUUGACACUGGAAGAAUUGACAUGGGCACCCAACAACCUAGGAGCAACAAACUUUCAGUCAACAGAGAUGACAUUGGAAUGGGAAAGACCCCAGACUGCUACUGGAGAAAACUGGAAGGUUGAGUACUCUGGGAAAAAGACAUACAACAACAGCUUUUUACACAAAGGCAACAAAGAUGUACAAGGGACAACAAGAUGUACCCUUGAUAAUUUGGUACCAGGUACCAAAUAUGAGUUUCAGGUUUAUGGAAUUUCAGAAUGUGGAAACAAGGGAUCCCCUACAUAUUUGGAAAAGGAAACAGAAAUAGGAGAGCCAUUGGCUCCAGUUGUACCAUCAUUGACCAUCAGGAAGGUUUCUGAGUCACAGGUUGAAGUUGAACUUUGGCCCGCAGAACAAAGGAAUGGUCCAAUAAGUGCUUAUCAAGUCAUUGUUUUGAGAGUUGUUGAUGGUGUUGAGAAGCUUCCCACUGAGUAUAAAUCACAGUUAGAGGAUUCAAACAAAGAUAGCCUGAACUUUUAUGUUGCUGCCGAGAUAGAAAAUAUUCCAGUCUUUGAGACGUCUCGGAAGUUCACCGUCGGCGACGGGAAUCCGUAUGGAAAAUUUGUUAACAAAAAACUUGAAAGAGGAGAUUACUACAUUAUUUAUCAGAGAGCCAUAACAGAACACGAAGGCAAAGUUUAUGGAGAGGUCAGCGAAGUCGCCAGGAUUUCUGUUGAAGCAGGAACGACUGGGCUAAACGCUGCAGCUGUGGCUGUACCUAUGGUGUUGUUGCUGCUCCUUAUUCCGGCGGUUGUUGUUGCCGUGUUCUUCUACCGAAGGAGGAAGCUGUCACGGAAGGAGGGUGAUAAUAGGAAGUCUCCAGCUCCACUGAAUGACAUCCAGAAUGGUCCAGUUCCUAACUCAACCGGAGGAUUUUAUGAAAACGUUGGUUUUGUCGCUAGCCGUGAACAAGAGCAAG